UAGGGUUGCUUACUAGGAAUGUGUGUGGGGACAUGUGCACGGACCUUGGGUCCAGUCCUCCUGAUUUUGGGUCUUCUCUCCAUCAUUGCCAACUUUUUCCUGCUCUUCCCCAGCUGGAAAAGCCAUUACCUAAACAUGGGCCAGAUCGCUAAGAGAGCCAUGGUCAUGCCAGGGCUGUGGGGAGGAGGCCUGUUGGUUUUCCCCGCUGCAAUUCAGAUCACAAGCAUUGGAUGGAGGUGGAGUUGCUGUAACAGCUCUGGAAAUUGCCAAAAGAUGUUUCUUUCCAUUGUGUUAUCAGGACUGGCCUUGCUGGGAUCGGCUGCUUGUUUUAUUAUAUCGGGUGUGGGCUUGACAGAGGGCCCUCUCUGUCUCUAUGUUUUCACCACCAGUCAAGGGAAGACAAAGGAGUGGGGUUACCCAUUCAUUGACAUGGGGUCUCAGAAUUACUUGUACGAUCCCUCCCUUUGGAAAUCUGUUUGCAUCGAGCCACAUAACGUUGUGGCCUGGAAUGUCUAUUUCUUCUCUGCCCUCCUUAUCAUCAACGUUGUGGAGAUGAUCCUGGCUGCUCUCCUUAUCCUCAAUAGCUGCUUUGGAUGUUUCUGCGGUUUAUCUAAGAAGAAAUAGGUAACAUGGACUCAGCAGUGUUUUGCAACUUAUGGUCUGCCUCUGUUAGCUUCCCAUCUGUUAGAUUAAUGGUCUUCUUUCCUCCAUCUCAAUUCCAACAAGGGAAGAUCUGAAACAAAUGGUGGUGAGUAUUAAAAAGUGAUCUCCCUCACUCAGUCCAGAUCACCUACUUGGAAGGCAGAAGCCAAAGUAACUCCCAUGUCAGCAUUUCU